GCACCUCGAGGACCUUUAUUGGUUAUUUCUUAUUAUUUACGAAUUCAAAGAUCUUUAUCUAUCAAUAGUAUUUCGUCAAACUUUUUACAGGUCUUUUGGACUCGUUCUUUUUCUUAUACUUUACCAUUAUACAGAAAAAAUAUGCCACCAAAAAAAGUUGUCAAAGAAGAACGAAUUUUACUUGGUAGACCGAGUAAUAACUUGAAGAUCGGAGUUGUUGGGCUACCUAAUGUUGGGAAAUCUACUUUCUUUAAUGCCAUUACAAACAGUGCGGCAUCCGCAGAAAAUUAUCCUUUUUGUACAAUUGAUCCAGAAGAAUCUCGAGUCGCUGUACCAGAUUCCCGGUUUGAUUGGUUGUGUGAAACAUAUAAACCACUUUCAAAGGUGCCAGCUUAUCUUACUGUUAUUGAUAUUGCUGGGUUAGUUAAAGGCGCAUCCACCGGAGCUGGAUUGGGUAACAACUUUUUGAGUCAUAUUCGAGCUGUAGAUGCUAUUUUCCAUGUUGUCCGAGCUUUCUCUGAGGAGGAUGUAAUUCAUGUUGAAGGGGAACUUGAUCCUGUUAGGGAUCUUGAAAUUAUUCAUAACGAACUUCGUCUCAAAGAUGAAGAAUUUUUGACUAAAAAAUUAGAAGAAUUGUCAAAAAUUACGGCACGCGUAGGAAAAGGUGGUUCUACGGCCGAUAAGGCAAAGAAAGAAGAAUUGGACAUUACACAAAAAGUGCUGAAAUUUGUAGCAGAGGACAAAAAGGAUGUUCGAAAAGGGGACUGGAACAACAAAGAAGUAGAUAUUAUCAAUGCCUUGCAAUUACUUACCGCAAAGCCCGUAAUUUAUUUAGUUAAUUUGAGCGAAAAAGAUUUCAUUAGGAAAAAGAACAAAUGGUUACCAAAGAUAAAGACAUGGGUUGAUGAAAAUAAUCCGGGAGACUUAAUACUUCCUUUCAGUGCGGGAUUUGAAUAUCAACAUUCGGUUCUUCCUACAAAAGAAGAAAAGGAUGCAUUUUUGGCUGAAAAAGAUGCUCAAUCUUCAUUUCCAAGAAUCAUAGUAGCAGGAUAUCAAGCAUUACAGCUUAUGUAUUUUUUCACUUGUGGGCCGGAUGAAGUCAGAGCUUGGACAAUUAGGAAACACACGAAGGCACCAAAGGCAGCAGGAGUUAUUCAUACCGAUUUUGAGAAAUCAUUUAUUUUAGCAGAAGUUAUGAAAUUUGAUGACUUAAAAGAACUUGGUAACGAAGCAGCGGUUAAAUCAGCGGGAAAAUAUUUGACAAAGGGUAAAGAAUAUGUUUUUGAAGAUGGAGAUAUCGCAUAUUUUCGAUCUGGUCUUGCUAAUAAAAAAUAAGUUAAUAGUUUUUAUUUAUCAUUUAAUUUUUAUUAAUAAUUACUUUUGAGAUUAAAUGUAAAAAGUUCACAGAAUAAAAAGUAACAAAAUUUUAUAGAAUGUAAUCCAGACAUUCCAAUAUGUUUAUUAAACUCUCGGAACAAAUAUCGAAUGAAAAUAACAAACCACCCACAAUGAUUCCAACCGAGGAUUUUUUGUAAUUACAUGAAAAAGUUGUAGAAAGUGUUGUUUCUUUGUGAUGAGUGAUAAUUGUGAUGUAGA